AUGUCCAGCACGAGCGAAUCACCAGAGCUAUCGCAGGCUACAGACCAGCAUGAACCUUUGACGGCAUCGACGCCGGAAGUAGUGCGGCGACUAUCAGACAACUCCAGCGUAGUGGCUGGCGAAGUGAGGGUGGAAGACAGCAGGAAAGAUGCGGCAAAGUCAGACCCGCCGGAGACGGAGACUGCGGUGACAUCUCCCGUGAAGGACGAGGAGCGUGAUGGGGUAAAAGCGGAUCACAAGAUGGAAGCGGCUGCCUCGGGAUCUACUUCUACAGACGGCGAGCAUGCGGCCAUGGCGAGAGACAUCGAGCGACGAGCCAGCGAACACUUGGCGAGGCGGGCAGCAGAGAUGACUUUGGAAGAGGAAGCAGGCAGUACCAGUCAUAGUGUGCCAGAGAGGACGAUAAAGGAGAAGGAGCAGCUUCCUGUGACACCACCUCCACCUGAACCCCCGCGAAAAGAUAAGGCACCCGUCAAGCCGGAGACUGAGGACUACGACGAGAAGCAUCCACCACCGCCGGACGAAGAGACCGCAGACGAUGUGCCCGAUGCGCCGCAAGGCACGAAAGAGACUACGGGGCUGGAAAUUCAGACAAUCAUGGAUCAGUUCGAAGAUGGCAUGGGCGGACUUGGGGAAGACGAUAUCAUGUCACCGCGCUUGGACAAGCAGCAGCCUGUAUUGGUACUGCCUCCUCGAUCUAGUAGCCUGGAACCACAACCUUCAUACACUCUCAGCCAGCAGAAUUCUGGUCAGAGUGUGGCUGCUGCCUCUCCACUCGGCCCGCAAGGCACCGGAAAUUCGAUUUCCAACUCGAGUGUACAUCGGGUGAGGUCAGAUGAUCAGGAGUCCAUUAUAAGCGGGAAAGCUGGUUCUAUACAUCAGCCCCCGCCUCCUGAGCCAGAUCCUGAGCCAGCGCUUCCAUUUGACUUUCACCGAUUUCUAGAGCAGCUGCGACACAAAUCCGCCGAUUCCGUUGCAAAGUAUCUGCGGUCGUUCUUGAGUGAAUUCAACAAGAAGCAGUGGAUGGUGCAUGAGCAAGUCAAGAUCAUCUCAGACUUUUUGGAGUUCAUCACGAAGAGGAUGGGUAUGUGCGACGUGUGGCGGACAGUAUCCGAUGCCGAAUUCGAUAAUGCUAGGGAAGGUAUGGAGAAGUUGGUCAUGAAUAGACUAUACUCACAAGCUUUCUCGCCCGCGAUACCAUCAGCACCUGGAAGCCCACGAAAGGGCGCCAAAAACGGGCGCUCGGCAGUGGAUCAAGCCAACCCACAUGGACCUGGUCGAAGAGGGCAGCAUCAGGAAGAUGUUGAGCGUGACGAUGUGAUUGCACAAAAGAUCAAGAUUUAUGGCUGGGUCUCAGAAGAGCACCUUGACAUCAAACCCAUUGGCGAAAAGGGCAAGAAGUUUCUUGCUCUGGCCCAGAAAGAGCUACUCAAGAUCAACACUUAUCGAGCACCUCGAGAUAAGGUCAUUUGCGUGCUCAACGCCUGCAAAGUCAUCUUUGGCUUCCUGAGGAAUGCUAAGGCAGAUCAGUCAGCCGAUGCUUUUGUGCCGCUGCUCAUAUACACAGUCCUGCGAGCGCGGCCAGAACAUCUGGUCAGCAAUGUGCAGUACAUCUGGCGGUUCAGGAACCAGGAGAAGCUGGGAGGGGAGGCUGGCUACUACAUGUCUUCCCUGAUGGGGGUUGUGCAAUUCAUCGAAAACCUCGAUCGUACGACACUCACCAUCACAGACGAUGAGUUCGAGCGGCAAGUCGAACAAGCCGUGAGCGCCAUCGCUGAGAAAGACCGCACCGAAGAGUACGAAGCGCAAACACACGCGGCAACAUCCACAGCUCCAAUGCAACACCUCAGCGAAAAGAGCGCGCUAAGUCGAGCCGAAGUCACACCACGGAAUAGCAUGGACGCCGAGCGCUCCAGCCCAAGACGACGGCCCAGCCAAAGACUUGCGGAAAGACAAGCUCAGCCCGCAAGUCCAGAUGACGAAGACGCAGUGACAGGUCUCCUGCGCACGAUCCAAAGGCCUCUCAGCAGUAUUGGCCGCAUGUUCUCCGACGACGUCACAAACGAGGAGUCGAGCAGAAGUUCACCGCAACCUGGAUCAACACCUCGAGGCCUUAGUCCGGCGCCGAGAUUAGAUCAACGGCAAAGUGGCAGUACAAGCCAGCGCUCCUCCGCAGAACGAGAGCGGAGUCGACAGCGUCUUCUUAAUGAAUGUUCUGCUGAGGACCAUGCGACGAGACAGGCGAGUGCGGAAGUUGCUCAGGCGCAAAGGGUACGAGCGCAGGAGCAUCGGGUUGUGGUUGAAACAUUACAGAGCAUGUUCCCCAACCUCGACAAAGAAGUCAUCGAAGACGUCGUCCGCGCCCAGGAAGGGAAUCUAUACUUCACAAGAAUGACCAUCCUCGCCGACCUUCCCGACGAGCUGCUGAUGCGGAUUGUUGAGUACCUGGACAUUGCAGCAACACGCGCAUUCGCCACUGUCGAUUCUCGUUUUCACGGGUUGCUAGUGCCGACACUAUUUGAAGGGGUACGAGCUACCAAUCGCGAAGAUGAUGCAGAGAUCCUGCAAGAGAUCACCUUGAAAUACAGUCGCCACGUCAACAAGUUAUACUUCGAUUUGUGCCUCCUUGGCAACUCACCCGGAGAUCAUGAUCACGGCGACCCCAUCGAUCCUGGUGAACAGGGACAGUACACUUGCGAUAAGGACGAUGAGGAUGAUUGUCGUCUUCCCGAGACUGCUCGGAAGAUGCUGGAUGGCGAGCUUUUACCCAAUCUCACGAGUUUGCAGCUGAGCUUCGAUUUCGACUUCGACAGCGAUAUCAAUGAUCUCGACGGUGACGGGGAGAGCCACUACGACUACGGAGAACCGGGCUUAUUCGGCAUCUUCGAGCUCCCUGAGACAGAGGCAGACUUUGCCGAGAAGGAACAUGAAUUCCACUGGCGUAUGACGCUUAGGGAUGUUAUCUCGGCGCUGGGUGGGAAUCAGGUUGUUAAGAGGUUGCAGAUGAGGAAUCUGGUGCCGAAAGGGACUUCGGCUUAUUUGACGACUGAAUGGAAGGUUUUCCUGGCAGGGCUUGAGGUUCUUGAUAUUGAGCUCUGGGGAGGAGGCGAUAUGAGUGAAUGGUCAGCAAGCACAGCCCCGGGGUAUUGCGAUUUUAUCCGCUGUCUAAACAGCUCGUUCUUCGCUCACCUCUCCUCCGCGACCUCACUCCGUUUCGCGGCAAGUCCUCACUGUCCCAUCGGCGGCCUAGGCCACAUCCACACCCCCCUCCCCAUCUCCCCGCCCAACCUCCCCAGGAUGCAGAACCUAGCCUUCGAAAACAUCUUCCUAGACACCGCCCUCGUCAACCUCCUCCACGAUCACUCCCAAAACCUCCAAUCCCUGGCCUUCAAAAACUGCCUCUCCCUCGGCCGCAAACCCGACUACAGCAUUUCCUCGGAUAGAGUAUCCUGGGCGGAUCUCUUCAUUACAAUCCGCACCUCGAAGCCGAUCUUGCGGAAAUUGACAGUGGAAGAUGAGCCCCAUGCGUUGCGGUUGGCGGAGGGGUAUGAUGUGUGGGGAUGUGAGGUUGGGAAGGAGAGUGAGAAGGUGAAGGGUGUGGAGGGGGAGGUGGAGAGAGGUGAGAGGAAAGUCUUUUUGUAUGGGGGUUUCGAUGAGAAGUAUGGAUAUGUGGUGGGGAGGGGGGAGUUGAAUUUGGAGUGUUUUCAGGAGGGGGCGGAUCAGAGGGAGUGGGAUGCUGUGAGGGAGGUUGUGGAGGGGAAUAGGGGGAGGGUUGAGGUGGGGGGUUGA